ACUUCCUGGACCCCAAACCCUGAGCAGAAGCUGGCAGGAACCGCACUCUGGGAAAUGCAAGUUCCUUCCUGGGCAGGAGGGUGGAGAGCGAGCCGUGAGGCCCCACGGGGCCACUGCACAGAGCCCGGAGGGUGGAAUGGGAACUGCCCAGAGUCAACAGAGGCCUGGAGAGGAGGAGCCCCCCGCUGAGCCCCGGGCCCGGUGGGCUGUCCUCAGGAGGGUACUUCUGGUCAUCCUGAUUCUCGGCCUGAUGCUGGCUUCUUCCGUGCUGCUGGUCUACAUCCUACGUGGCUGUGCUCCUAGCCCCUGCAAGAAGCAGGUGUGCUGGGAUCUCCUGGCUCGGUACCUGGCCUCGGGGAACACCAGCGCUGACCCCUGCUCCGACUUCUUCACCUAUGUCUGUGGGAACGGUCACUCUGUCCAGUCCCUUGCAGAGGAGAACAAAGGCCGACUCCGGAAAAUCCUGGAGAACCCCAACUCCUGGCCCCCAGGCUCUGGGGAGGAGAAAGCUGUCCGCUUCUAUAACUCCUGCAUGGACACCGAUGCCAUCGAGGCCGCAGGGGCUGGUCCCCUCAGACAAGUUAUCGAGGAGCUUGGAGGCUGGCAGAUCUCCGGGAACUGGACUUCCUUAGACUUUAACCGAACCCUGAUACUUCUGAUGAGUCAGUACAAUCACUUCCCAUUCUUCAGAGCUGACCUGCGCCCGCAUCCUGCCCCGCCACACCGGCCUGUCAUCCAGAUAGACCAGCCAGAGUUUGACAUUCCCCGUAAGGAAGAGCAGGAGCAGAAGAUCUAUGCGCAGAUCCUGCGGGAAUACCUGACCUACCUCAACCGUCUGGGUGUCUUGCUGGGAGGAGACCCAGGCAAGGUACAAGAACAUGCCUUCGCGUCCAUCUCCAUCACCUCACGGCUUUUCCAGUUUCUGAAGCCCCUGGAGCAGCCUUCGGCCCGGGGAACCCACUAUCAGGAGGUCACCAUUGACCAACUACAGGUGAUGGCCCCCGCCAUUGAUUGGCUGUCCUGCUUGAGGGCCACAUUCACACCCAUGUCACUGAGCUCUUCCGAGUCCGUCGUGGUCCAUGACCUGGAGUACCUGAAGAACAUGUCCUGGCUGGUGGAGGAGCAGCUGUCGAACAACAGGGACUUUCUGCAAAGCUACAUGAUCUUGGGGUUGGCGGGGACUCUCGCUCCAGCCCUGGACAGUCAGUUCCAGGAGGCACGCAGAUCGUUGAACCAGAAGCUGCGGGAGCUCACGGAGUGGCCACCUGUGCCUGAAAGCCCUCGAUGGAUGGAGUGUGUGGAGAAAACAGGAACCUUCUUUCAGUCCACCCUGGCGGCUUUGUUCCUGCGUGAGGCCUUCAGUCCCAGCACCAGAAGUGCGGCCAUGGAACUAUUCAGUGCCAUCAAGGAGGCCCUUGUCACCCGACUGAAGAGGCUCCACUGGAUGGAUGACAGAACCCGGAAAGAAGCUCAGGACAGGGUCGCCCAGCUGCGUGUGAAGAUGGGGCCCUUUGACUGGGCCCUGAAGCCGACGCUGGUCGGAGAGGACUCUCAGGACAUCCAACUCGGACCCAGCUUCCUGCAGUCCGUCCUCAGCUGUGUCCGAUCUCUCCGAGCUAGGAACAUCCGGAGCUCUACCCAGCCACCAUCCUCCCAGCCCAGCCCCUGGGAGGUCAGUGCUUACUACUCAGUACCUGAGCAUGUGGUGGUCUUCCCGGCUGGACUCCUGCAACCCCCCUUCUUCCACCCUGGCUACCCCAGAGCUGUGAACUUCGGUGCUGCCGGAAGCAUCAUGGCCCGUGAGCUCUUGCGCAUCUUCGACCAGCUCUUGCUCCCUGGAGGCUGUCCAGCCUGUGAUUCUCGUGCCCUGGAGGGGGCGCUCCUGUGCCUGGAGCAUCACUAUGCGGCCCUUUCUCCACCUGGCGGAAGUCCCUUCAUCAGCUCCCACACACUACUGGAAAGUGCCGCGGAUCUGGGGGGGCUGGUCACUGCACUUCAGGCGUACAACAAGAGGCUCUUAGGGCACCGCGGGGAGACUACCCUGCCUGAAAUGGACCUCAGACCCCACCAACUCUUCUUUCAAAGCUACGCCCAGAUGAUGUGUAGGCAACUCAGUGACCAGGAUGCUCGAGAGAAGCAUAGCCCUCCCAUCCUUCGAGUCCAUGGAUCCCUGAGCAACACCCGGGCCUUCUCCAAAUAUUUCCACUGCCCUCGCAGUGCCCCUCUGAACCCCUCCAACCGUUGUCAACUCUGGUAA